AUGAUGAUAAUAAACCUGGAGAUGAUGAUAAUAAACCUGGGGAUGAUGAUAAACCUAGAGAUGAUGAUGAUAAACUUGGAGAUAAUAAUGAUAAACCUGGAGAUGAUGAUAAAAAUACUGAAAAAUCGAAUGCUGAUGAGGAAAAUUCUGAUAAGAAAAAUGUAGAAAAAAAUUCUGAAAAAGAAAAUAUUGUUAAGGAAAAAAUUAAACAACUUGAGGAAUAUAUUAAAGAAAUAGAGAAAAAAAAUAUUAAGAAAACUUAUUUUUUCCCACCAUCAACAUAUACUAGCAUGAUAUCUUAUGAUUCUGUUUUUAUGCAAGCAGAUUCUAAAAAGAAAGUUUUCUAUGAUGAAUUAAUAGAAAAACAUAUUAAUAAUAAAUUUUUUUUAUUUCUCUAUGGAAAAAAACUUAUAGAAGUUAUUAUUAAUAAAGAUCAAGACAUGCUGCUACGAAAGUUUUGUAAUGGAUGUAUUAAUCAUAUUGAGAAGAAUGAUGAUGUUCCAGACAUGCAAUUAUUUAAUAUAGUUUCUCAUUCAAUUAUUGAAAUCUUUAAAAAGGAUCCAGCAUUUUUUGCAGAAUUUAUUAUAAAAAUCUCACUUUUAUGCAUUCUUAAUUCAAAAAAUCAAUUUUUUUUAGAACACCUUCAUCAUUAUUCAAGUUAUAAUAAUUUAUCUGAAUUAACAUAUUUGGAUUUUUUAACAAAUACUAUUUAUAACACUUUCUUAUACAAAAAUAUUAUUGAAAUUUUUUCAUAUAUAAAAAAAAAGAGCUAUUCUUUAUUCAAAAAAUUUAUUUCUCAAUUUAAAUUACUUAAAGAAAAGAUUAUUGAAAAAAUUACUGGAAAAACGAUUCUUAAAAAAAAGACUUCUAAAAAAAAAUUUUCUAAAAAAAUAAUACCACAACAAUUAACUUUAAUAUUUCCUUUGCCAAAUUUUGUCAUGUAUGAUAAAGAUUAUAAUAAUUGGAUUGAAUUAUUUAAACCUAAACCUA